AUCCCAAUCUAUAACUACUGGCUAUAAACAAAUGUGCCAGAUGUGGGUCUUCCAACAUGAAUCAUUUUAACUGAGGUGCUUUGUGUUACUGCGCCGGUUACUUUUCAAUAUCGCUUUUAUUGUGAAAAUGAUGGUCGGAAGUACUAUUCUUAUGCUUUCUAACCAAUUUACCCGCCUAUUAUGUUAGCUAACGAGGGCUAGCCUGUUAUGGAAGCAUAAGGAGCACAGCUGAGGGGCUGUCUGAUUCGACGGUACUGGUUGGGACUAGUUCUGAGGCGUGAUUUGGACAGAUAACGCUACCGGAAGCCUGGGAAACGUCUUCCUAGCUGAAAACAAAAACACUCUAGAGAGAGCUAAAAUCACGGGACAGCCACAAUUACAAGUACAACAUGGACCUGACAGCUGCGAAUCGUCCGGUAAUUACUCACUGCCGUCGAGUUUAGCUCUCCCCAGCCGCAACUGAAUCUAUACGUCGGCGCGCGCAAGAGCCACGGGAAUCUUUAUUGGCGUUUUUCAUGGGAUACAAUCGGGCUUCCCCUCCGCGUUGUCGUUGUUUUACCGCCGUGACAGCACCCCCCUCGGCUGGUAUCGACUGGCUACCGACGUGCCCGCAUCUUAUGUACUCCCAAUAGUAUUUUUUUGGCUUUUCUGUCGGUCGGUGCCUCUCUGACGGACGCGGCAGUCAUGUUUGCCGUGCGUAUCGUCACCGCAGACUUCUAUUUGGCAAGCCCCAUUAAAGACCUGGACGUCUGCUAUUCUGAAUUCAGGGAGAGCAACGUGAAGAGAGUUCCGGUGGUGCGGAUAUUUGGAGCAACACCUGCAGGCCAGAAAACAUGUCUCCACCUCCACGGCGUGUUCCCCUACAUCUAUGUACCAUACGAUGGCUACGGCCAACAGCCAGAGCGCUACAUGCGGCAGGUGGCCUUCAGCAUCGACAGGGCCCUCAACGUUGCAAUGGGAAACCCUGCCUCCAGUGGCCAGCAUGUCUUCAAGGUGGUGCUGGUCUCCGGCAUGCCUUUCUAUGGCUACCACGCUAAGGAGAAGCACUUUAUGAAGAUCUACCUAUACAAUCCUCACACGGUCAAAAGGGUGUGUGAGCUGUUACAAAGUGGAGCAGUGAUGAACAAGAGUUAUCAGCCCCACGAGGGGCACAUCCCCUACUUGCUGCAGCUCUUCAUAGACUACAACUUGUACGGCAUGAACCUGGUUAACCUGGGUGCUGUCAAGUUCCGCACGGCCCACAACAAAGUUCUUAGGUUACACCUGUGUGCAGGUAUGCCCCUGUGCUGUGGAGAAAGUGGCCUACUUCUGCUGUCACACAGGAGGACACACUGUUGUUUUUUAUCUCUGCAGGAGAGUGUGGGCAUGGCCGGGUUUCUUCCUCCUCACUGCAGCCUUCCCCCGGCUCAGCAGGGAAGGCUGCUAUGCUUUGUGUCAUUUCCAAUUAGUCCUGAUCUCACCUCAGCCUCAGGAUGUUGUCUUUUCAAAGCUCUCUCUCUGUUCAUCCCUCACUUCUUUUCACAGUUUUUGUCUUGUGGUCUUUGCUCUUUUCUCCCUCUCUUGCUUCACUUGCUGUCUCUGACCUCUUUGAAUUUAUAUCUCUAUUUUACUUGCACUGUCUCUUUGUGGUCUAUUUUAGCCAUUUUGACGCUCUCAUUGCUGCUCACAAAGGAGGCAAAAAGAGUUGACCAAGAACCCGAUGGUCACUCUCACCGAGCUCCAGAGAUCCUCUGGAGAUGGGAGAACCUUCCAGAAGGACAACCAUCACUACAGCACUCCAUGGAUCUGGGCUUGGCAGGGACUGGGAGACUAGUCGGGGUCAACGGAAAGCUGAAUGGAGCAAAGUACAGAGAGAUCCUGAAUGAAAACCUGGACCUCAGACUGGGCCGACGUUUCACCUUCCAACAGGACAACGAUCCUAAGCACACGGCCAAAACAACGCAGGAGUGGCUUAGGGAGAAGUCUGUGAAUGUCCUUGAGCGGCCCAGCCAGAGCCCGGACUUCAACUCAACUGAACAUCUCUGGAGAGACCUGAAAAUGGCCGUCCAUCGGCGGUCUCCAUCCAACCUGACAGAGUUUGAGACGAUCUGCAAAGAAGAAUGGGAGAAACUGCCCCAAAAUAGGUGCCAAGCUUUCUUGUCUAGUUUGGACUGGCUGACAGCUCCUUUCAAAGAUCACAGUACCAUCUACUCUACUAUGUGUUUUCUAGAAGAUGCAGCAGCGGUCCCAAACAGGCAAACUCCCAGCAGUCAUCCCAGCAUCAGCCCCUGGAAGAGCUCCUGCACUGCCAAGCUGAACGACAGCCCCCUUGGGGGAACAUUUGUCCGCUGGGAGGAGAAGGCUCUACCCUGCUCCCUGAUGCUAGAUGAGGUGGAGAAGCAGAGCACCUGUGAGCUGGAGGUGGAUGCUGUGGCUGUAGAUGUCCUCAACCGCCUGGAAAUUGAAAAUCAGAUUGGCAGGAACCCGGGCCUGCAGGCCAUCUGGGAGGACGAGAAGCAGAGGAGGAGAGAGAAGAACCAGGAGUCCCAGAUAGAAACCUCCGAGUCCGAAGAUCGUGGCUUUGUCACUUCAACGGAGAGCGAGAAAAUCUUCAUGAAGAGAGUCGAGGAGAUUCUAAAGGAGAACGAGUUUGAUGUGACUCACGGCUUGUCUGUUAGCGAUGGGGAGGACCCAGAGGAUCUUCUUAAUGAAAUAACUCUCCAUUCUGACCCCCUGAGCCCUGAGGGACUACCAUGUACCCCCGCUAAUGCUGUGGAGGUGCACAGGCACUCACAGCCAGACUCUGUGAGGAGCAGCGUUAAAAUUCCAGAGGAGGCUGUCGUUGAUGAGGAGGCCAUUUUGAGUCUCCUGGAGAACAGUCAGACGUUCCUCCCACUCUCCCAGACAUCCAACCACUCUCCCCUGUUAGACAGCAGCCAAGACCAAGCCAUCAUUGAUUUGCUGGCAGGACUGGAGAACGAUGGUUUCUGCAGGACUCCCGUUAGGCAGAAUUCCCAGUCCCAGUCACUUCCUGGUGCCAGUAGCUAUGACUGCAACAGUGAUGAGGAGGAGGCGGGGCCAGAGCUGGACAAGGUUGAGGCCGAGCUCAGUGUGAUAAUGUCACAGCGGUGGGACAACGAGCCUCUUGAGAACUCACCCUUACCAAGGCCCGGUGUGAAGGAGCUAGACGACUGCUUCAGUGAGGAGCAGCAGGAGUCCUCAGACGAAGACAUGGACUGGAGUGGGAAUAACUCUCUGUUCGCCAACUUGUCCAUCCCCCAGCUCGACGGGGCCGCAGACGAGAGCAGCGAUUCAUCGCUAACAGACAGUGGGUCCAGGACUCAGUCUUCUCUCAUAGUCACUGAAAAGAUGCUCGGGAAAAGGAAUCCCUUCCCUGGGGACACAGUUCACCUGGAGCCUCCUUCCUCAGCUAAGAUCCUUCUUGAGUGCAAGAACCCCGAGCUCAUAUCAAUUCAUGUGCUGGACACUGAGAAACCACUUGACAAGCACUUUCAAUCAAAAAGCAGCCAGGACAGCAUUAGUGAAUGUUCAACAGGGUUCAAGUUUAAUAAAGAAAUCCCCUACAUCCCCCCAGUCAAACAUCCCAUCCCCUGCAAGUUACCCAAUAACCCUGAGGUGUCUCCCAUCUGCAUAGACGAACAGGACAAACGACCCCUGUACACGUAUGACAAGAAAACCUCCAUAGCUUUGAAUAAGACAGACCUAGAAAGUUUCCCAUUUGGCAAUGGAAAGGUCACCAAAAACGGGAAGAAGUACGGCAGUAUAAAGAAUGUUGAAACAAACUGUCUGUCCAUUCUUCAGAACCACAGGACCUUCUCUCUCUGUUACUCAGAGCUGAGAAACUGCUCAGCUAAGACAGAGCUGGAAUUGAGCCAGAAGGACACUAAAAGCCCCAUCCUGAGGAACAUCUCCUCAACCCCGUCACCUAUGGUAGAGGAUGAGUUUCUUGACCCUCAGGAGGAAGAGAUGGGCCAAGACAGUGAGGAGGGAGAUGUUGGUGAACUCAAAAUCAGGUACGAGGACUAUCAGGAAAAUAAGACUGAAAGGACUAUAGUGGCCCAGCAAGAAGCACACUACAAGUUCUUCCCCAGUGUCAUCCUCUCCAACUGCCUCAGUAGGAAGAAAGCUGGGGGCAAAAAGUUGGCUGAUCCCUGUUGCAAGCUUGAACAGGCCCAGCUUUGCAGAUCUAAGCUUAAAGUGUAUAAAAAAAGGUUGGGAAUGGCAGGACAGAGGAACAAAUUAAACAUGGUUGAAAGCUCUAGUUCUGACAGCCAGGUUAGCACUGAACUCACCACACCUGCUUUUCUACUGACAUCAGACACAGAGAUGCCAGUUUUAGAGGAUAAGUCAAUAAAAGAGGCUGAGCCAAUUGAAGAUGGGCCAAUCAUAGAGGGAGAGCAAUUCAUAAAGGAGGAGCCAGAAAUUGAGGAGCGUUCUGUACAAACUCAACCAAUUUCAGAGCCCCCUGCCAUCACCGUUUCCAGUUUUUCCGAAGAAGCUAAAGACUCAGCAGAGAAUAUGUUAAGCCCAUUGCACGAUUUAUCAGCUACGGUCAUCUGUACUAAACCAUCAGCACUGCCUGGUAGUAAAUACACCCUUAGAGCCAAACGAAAGAUGAUCUAUGAAGGCGAGGAUGGAGAAUAUUCAGGUGCCCCUCGUUCUAAAAAUCCAGCCCCUGUCAAAGAACGGUUCAAGGAUAAUGUCCCCAGUGGGCAGGAAGUAAAAUACCAGAAACGACGUAAAAAGGAACCCCCUAUCAUCAUCAAGUACAUUAUUAUCAACAGGUUCAAAGGACAGAAAAACAUGCUGGUGAAGAUGUCCAAGGUGAAGGCAGAAGAGCCAUUGGUGUUGCUGACGCCAGAUAAACUGGAGCAGUACAAUAAACUAGCCCCUCUUAAAGAUUUCUGGCCCAAGGUGCCAGAAUCCACUGCUGUCAAGUUUCCCAUCAUCGAGCCAAAGGUCAAACGACAGCCCAAAAGAAAGGCAAAGGUCAACUCUCCAAAUAAGAAAACAGUCAGCGUCUCCUCCAAACCUCCGGUCAGACCGGUUUUAAGGGUCAAAAGGAAAAAAGGCUGUCAGAGAGGCCAAAUUCUACCCUCUCUACUACCCCCUCAGCCAUGUUACUGUGAGCUAGCAGAUGACCAGGAUAUUGAGUAUACUGAUGUCAUGGUAGAGUUAGGCUACCUCUCUGAUAGAUCCCCAAGCCCUACAAAUUAUACACCCCCUCGUUGUUGGUCCCCAAGUGACCCUCCUAUGGACACCUGGAGUUCGGAACAUCUGAUUAACCCACUCAUAGACCCAUGUCUUAGUUCUGCUUUUCACAAGCCACAAACAGUGUUGUCAACCAAAGGAACACAAAAAAAGUGUCAAAUCGCCAAACCUAUGAAAUCUGCGGACACUAAAAGGAAAGUAAGCAAGUCUGUUACUAAGCCUAAGGAGGAAGAGGAACUCACAAAGCAGAAAUCAAGACAAAGGAGUACUGCUGCUCCAAAGCAGAGGAAGCAAACUAAGGAUACAGCUGAAAGCACUAUUAACAGGUCUACAAGAACCAAAAGAAAGUCUCUCAAAAAGAAGACUGAGGAACCCAAAAGCCAUGACCCAAGUAAAGACAGCUCCCAGCUCCUUUUCCUAGAGGAUGAGGUACCUCCUUCCGAGAGUUCCUCUCAAGACGUCCCUCCAUUUCAGCAGCCAGUAUGCACAGAUGGCAACAGCCAGGGCAGUUCCCAGCCAGCAUCUAUGUCAAACUCUAACUCUGUAGCUCAGUCUAUAGAACCAAAGGUUGAGGACUGUGAGACUUCCAUCAUGGAGGUCAACCAAAGCUUUUCAGCACCGGCUCAGCUGAAGCAGCAAGGUUGCCAAACCAAUGUGGUAAAGGCAGAGGCUUCACAAGAGGAGUGCACAGCUCCUCCUCUGGCUGGUAGACACUUACUGGAAGACAGUAAAGACUCCCAGCAAGCAGCAGCUUCCCCACACUCGGGCCCAAAGAACGGGAUAAUCCCCACUCUCUCUGAUACCCCCUCUGGCUUGGCUGUCCUCAAGCAGCUUCUCCAGAGGAGGCAGCAGGGACAGGCUCUUCCUCUACAAGUGGUUGGUACAGACAGCCACUCCACUGCCAUCGCUCAGGCCACAACACUACUAGAUCUCACAACUAAACCAGCUAAAUCCAGAAGAGCUCCCCCGACCACUCCACGGAAACCCAGAGCCCCAAAAUCUACCACUCCCAAGGAUAAAAAGCCCAGAGUCAGGAAAGGUAAGGUAAGCAGCACUCAGCCACAUCUAUCAGUGAAGCAGGAGGGCAACAUGUCAGAUGACUGCCCCAUCUUCCUGUCAGACCCAGGCCUGGACAGCUGCAACUUCAUAGAGGAUAGCUUGUCACCAGAGCUCCCACACAACUAUACCUUUGAUAUAAAUGCCAUUGAUCAGACAGAGUUCUCCAGCCCAUACAGCGGCAGUCAGUUUGUCCUGACAGAUAAACAUUUACCAGUUAAGUUCCUCAGUGAUGCCAGCCAGGAAGCUGUAUCCGCUCAAACACUGGGAAUUGAAAAGAAACUUGAUAGGCUGUUUGAUUCUGGGGAGGAGCUUCAAAGGGGAUCUGACUGGCAUAACGCAAGGCCCGUCAGCCCUGACCUUUUUGAUAGACCUGACAACGGGGAUUCUGUAUCAAAUCACCUCACAUUCCUCGACUCAGAGAAAAUAAAGAACAGAGAGUGGGACUUCUCUUUAGGUAAAGCCCAUACACUCAGCCCCUUUCAAGACUUUCACUGUGAGAGAAAAGAGCUGCUCUUUUCCGUUUUUGACCCUGUCCUACCUUUGCCUUUAAACUCUGCCUCAUUCGUUGACCAUGAGGGCUCCCCAACAGGGGAGCUUCUGGAGGUCAUUGAUGGGCUAACGUCCACCACACCCAGCAGCUCUCCGCGCUCUAUCAGCUCAGUCUCCCAGGUGAGGGCAAGCCAGCUGUUGCGGGGAGCAGGAGGUGGAGCCCACAUUCUAAAGCCCCUUAUGUCCCCUCCAAGCCGGGAGGAGAUCCUCAGCACUCUGCUGAAUUUGGAAAUGUCAGAGAUCACCUUCCAGGAGCCCUUCUGCAGCAACCCCUCUGAUGCGCCAGGGAAUCCAAUGGAGGUUGGUGGCCGCAAGUUAGCGGUGCGUACCAGGCUGGCUAAGGAGCUAGCAGAGUUCAGCGGAGACUUGUCUUUGGAGGGUCUCCAUUUCUGGAAGACAGCCUUCUCAGCCAUGACGCACCCAGCCAUUACUAUUACCUCGUAUUCCCAAGCCCAUGGAGCUGAGGCCUCAGAGGCAAGUAAAGAACAAGCUAAGCUUGACCUGUCCUCCACCAGUGACAAGAAGGUCAUCCUUCUGCCCUGCAGAAACCCACCAAGCAGAGAGCGUGUGCAGCUGUGGCUGGAAGCCAGGAAACAGUAUGAGAAUUUACAAAAAGGGCUUUUAAAGAAAGGGAGGGUUGGGCUGGAUGUGGAGGGGAACCCAGAAAGAACUGAGCAGCCUGCUGCUUCUAGCUGUCCAGCAGUGAAGGUUGAGCUGUGCGAGAGACUCUCCAGUAUCAGGGCCCAUAGGAGAAAGAAAUGCAGCUUGUCCUUAAUCAUAUCUCCCAUGAAGGAUAACGGCUCUCAUUGUAAAUCCACAGAGGUGAGUCCAGUUUCAGAUGAGAGCAGUGUGGAUAUUGAGCAGGAGGGUGGUGAAAAACAUGAUGAUGAUGCUAAAACCACAUCUCCAGAAUCCCCAGAGCUGCAUCCUGUCCUGCAGUCCUGUCAGCCCAGCCCCUUAGAGCCAGACCGGCUCAACGAAAACUCUCUAGAAGCACUGUCACCAAGGCUCUGUAACUCCCUGGAGAAUCAUAGUCCUUCGCUCCUCCAUGUCAGUACCAGGGAAGAGGGGAGGACUAGUCCCCAUCUCCUUCACAGCACCCCUUUUUUAAGAAGGGGGCGGAGAAGCAAGAAAGACCUGGAGCCAGUGUGCAGUACGCCCAAUUCUGGGGAGGAUCCUGUUUCUCAGAGACUCCAGCAGAGGAGAAGAAGCCAAGCGGACCCACUGAGAAGAGUGCUACUGACCACACAGAUGAAGAACCAGUUUGCUGCUUUGAAUGUGCCAAAGAAAGAUAGAUCUCAGAUUGAAGGGCCCAGCAUAGCCAACUCUUACGGCUUCAAAAUCAGCAUGCAAAACCUGCAGGAUGCCAAAGCUCUGCAUGAGGUCCAGUAUCUAACACUGAUGGGCAUGGAGCUCCAUGCAAGAACCCGACGUGACCUUGAGCCUGACCCUGAGUUCGACCCCAUAUGUGCCUUAUUCUACUGCCUCAGUUCUGAUGCUCCCCUGCCAGAUGUAGACAGCACCCAGCUGACGGGAGCCAUUGUGGUGGACAAAGACCAUGAAAGUUGUGACCAAGGUCACAGAGGAACAGCACCCCUGCUGGUCAGGUCAGGCAUCUCUGGGCUGCAGGUGAUAUACGCCACUGAUGAGAAGGUGCUGUUUCAGGAGCUGAUCACCAUCAUGAGGAGGUUUGACCCAGACAUCCUGGUGGGGUAUGAGGUGCAGAUGCGUUCCUGGGGCUACCUCCUCCAGCGGGCCGCAGCGCUCGGAGUGGAUCUGUGUCAGCAGCUGUCACGAGUGCCAGGUGACUCUAAAGAGAACCGCUUCGCAGCAGAAAGAGAUGAGUAUGGAGCCGACACCAUGACGGAGAUCAACAUCAUCGGACGCAUCACCCUCAACCUGUGGAGGGUGAUGAAGACUGAGGCAACGUUGAACAACUACUCUUUUGAGAAUGUGGCCUUCCAUGUACUCCACCAGCGCUUCCCCCUGUACAGCCCCCGCACACUGUCCGACUGGUUCGACCACAGCACCCACCUCUACAGGUGGAGGAUGGUGGAUCACUAUGUGAGCCGUAUUCGCGGUGCCAUGCAGCUUCUUCAGCAACAGGACAUCAUUGGCAGAACCAGCGAGCUUGCGCGAUUGUUUGGGAUUCAGUUCUUUCACGUUCUGACCCGAGGAUCACAGUACCGUGUUGAGUCCAUGAUGCUACGUGUGGCCAAGCCAUUGAACUACAUCCCUGUGACCCCCAGCAUGCGACAGCGAGCCCAGCAGAGAGCGCCGCAGUGCAUCCCUCUGGUGAUGGAGCCUGAGUCGCGCUUCUACAGUAACUCAGUAGUUGUACUGGACUUCCAGUCGCUCUAUCCCUCCAUCAUCAUCGCGUACAACUACUGCUUCUCCACCUGCCUCGGCCACGUGGACAGCCUGGGAACGCCUGAUGAGUUUAAGUUCGGCUGCUCCUCCCUGCGAGUUCCUCCUAAGCUCCUCUAUCAGCUCCGCAAUGACAUCACUGUGUCACCCGGUGGCAUCGCCUUCGUCAAGUCCUCAGUGCGUAAAGGGGUCCUGCCCAGCAUGCUGGAGGAAAUCCUAAACACAAGGAUCAUGGUGAAGAAGUCGAUGAAAGCUCACAAGAAGGACAAGGCCGUGAUGAAGCUGCUGCAGGCCCGGCAGCUCGGACUCAAGCUCAUCGCCAACGUCACUUUCGGCUACACCGCCGCCAACUACUCUGGACGCAUGCCCAGCUGUGUCCAGGUCGGCGACAGUAUCGUCCAUAAAGCCAGAGAGACUCUGGAGAGAGCCAUCAAACUGGUCAAUGACACCAAGAAAUGGGGUGCGCAUGUUGUGUAUGGAGACACCGACAGCCUGUUUGUUCUGCUGAAGGGAGCCACCAAAGAGCAGGCGUUCAAGAUUGGCAACGAGAUCGCUGAGGCAGUGACUGCAACCAACCCCAAGCCUGUCAAGCUCAAGUUUGAGAAGGUGUACCUGCCCUGCGUGUUGCAGACAAAGAAGCGCUAUGUGGGCUAUAUGUACGAGAGCCUUGACCAAAAGGAGCCUAUGUUUGAUGCCAAAGGGAUCGAGACAGUGCGCCGCGAUGGCUGCCCCGCUGUUUCCAAGAUUCUGGAGCGCUCCAUUAAGCUGCUGUUUGAGACUCGGGACAUCAGCCAGGUGAAGCAGUUUGUGCAGCAUCAGUGCAUAAAGGUUGUGGACGGCCGGGCCAGCAUGCAGGACUUGACCUUCGCCAAGGAGUACCGGGGCAGCAGCUCGUACCGGCCCGGAGCCUGCGUGCCAGCCCUGGAGCUCACCAGACGCAUGAUGGCGUACGACCGUCGCCUGGAGCCCCGUGUGGGCGAGCGUGUGCCCUACGUGAUCGUGUACGGGAUGCCCGGCGUGCCCCUCAUCCAACUUGUGCGGAGGCCCAUGGAGGUGCUGCAGGACCCUGGCCUCCGCCUCAAUGCCACUUACUACAUCACCAAGCAGAUCCUGCCGCCCCUGGCCCGCAUGUUCCAGCUGAUCGGAGUGGACGUGUUCAGCUGGUACCAGGAACUCCCCAGGAUCCAAAAGGCGUCCUCCUUCUGGGCGGUGGGUGGAGAGGAAGUGGGGAGGAAGGGAACCAUCUCCCAGUACUUCACCACGCUUCAUUGCCCCGUGUGUGACGAGCUGACCCAGCUGGGCGUGUGCUCGAGGUGCCGCGUCGAGCCGCAGCGAGUCGCAGCUACACUCUACCAGGACAUGAGACAGUGGGAGAGACGGCAAGAGCAGCUGCUAAAGGUCUGUAGGAACUGCAGUGGCAGUGCGGAGCGGCAGGUGUCCUGUGUGUCUCUGGACUGUCCCGUCCUCUACAAGCUGUCCCGGGUCAACAGACAGCUCUCCAAGGCCCCCUACCUCCGACAGCUGCUGGAGCAGUUCUGAUUGGCUCCUGAACCACGGAGCUCCUCGCUGAUUUGGUGCUAAUCGCUGUCCUAAUCGCCCCCCACCCUCCCCCUAUCAGUGUUUGAUUGUCCACUCAGUUGUAAAAGUUUAAAUGGUGCUUCAAUUGAACCCUGUUGGUUUUCAUUGUGUCUUGCGACUGUUAUUCGUUAUUCGUUAUACAAGUAUGUAUCUCCAUUAGCUGCUAGGAGCUGAGUGACAGACUGCCGUCAUGGAACUGAGUGCAGUCCACUCAAGGAUGACUUGUUUCUUGUAGCAGUUUGAAGGAGAUCCUUACAAAUCUCAAGACAAACUACAUUCAAACCACUAAUAGACUUUUCUCCAUUUUUAUAUCAACUGCAGUCUUUCUGUAAAUAGUUCCUGUAUAGCUCCACCUCUAAUCUCACUGUGCAUUAGCAUAAAAGAAAAAAACUAAAGCUCCGGCCAUGAAUGCAAAUCAAAUCUGUUUUUAUGCAUUCUGUUAAAGGGUGCCAUUUUUCAUGAUUGUAUUGAUGUUCAUUUUGGCAGAUUUGACACUUACUCUAUCUACAGAGUAUGGGAACUGGAAACUAUUUCAGUUUUUCUAAAAAUCUGGGACUGUUGCAAUACUGUAUUUUGAUCAUGUAUGUCAUGAAGAGUCUAUUGUUUCCUUGUGCAUAUAUAGUUGUGUACGUUUUAAAUUUUCUGUGCAAAAGAAUCAUACCAUGUCAAGAUCCAAUCUUCAGUUCUCAACACAGCUGUACACAGGAUCUGUGUAUUUGUAUAAAUGUAAAAAAUAAUAAUGAAGGAGGUGUUUUUUUGUUUGUUUUUAAUAAACAUUGCUGUGGGUGGAGGUUUGAGAUUGAUAUAAUAAAAAGUCAAUGUAUUAAAA